AUGUCGUUUUUCCGAAGAAAGAAGGAUGAACCAUUGAUACCACCUGUCACUGCACCUGCAGCUGCUAAACCCGACCCAUACGCUCAGACACCCAGCUCAAAUCGAUACGGAGGAGCAGGCGCUGAUCCCUAUACCAGAUCUAAACCUGCUGCUGGAGGCGAUCCGUACGCUGCAACUGGCGGUGGAGCUGGUGGUGGUGAUAGUAAUCCAUAUGCGAAAGCGACGGAUCAUAACGAUGCUGCGAGAAAUGAGUUAUUCUCAGGAUUCAGCGCACCUGAAAAACCCAAAGCUGAAAGGCAGUAUGGAUAUGAAGGUAGAGAGAUGGAAGAGGAUUUCGAUGAAGAUGAAGAAGUUGAAGGUAUUAAACAGGAAAUGAGAGGGAUCAAACAAGAAAGUUUAGCCAGUACGAGAAACGCACUUCGUUUAGCUAGAGAAGCUGAAGAAUCGGCUAGAGGAACUGUCGCAAAGCUUGCAGACCAAUCCGAACGGAUUGCCAACUCUGAACGGUAUCUUGACAUGGCCAAGGCCAACAAUCAACGGGCUGAAGACAAAGCAGAGGAAUUAAAGAAACUCAAUCGAAGUAUCUUCCGUCCCGCUGUCACUUGGAACAAGGACGCAAAACGACAAGCUGAAGAAGAUAAGAUCAAUGAACGCCAUGCGAUGGAAAGACAUGAUCGAGCUAAAGCUUUGAACGAUGUAACCGAUACUCGAAAGAGAUUAGGUAAUGCGGCCAAUCCAAGUCCAUACGGUGGAUCAUAUGAAAAGACUCCUUUACCUGGAGAGCAAAAAGCAAAGAAAGAUGCAAGAUCAAGAUAUCAAUUCGACGCUACAGCUUCAGAUGAUGAGCUGGAAGAUGAAUUAGAUGAUAACUUGGACGAAACGUAUGAAGUAACUAAACGAUUGAAGAAUUUAGCCACUGCAAUGGGUGAUGAAGUCGGUGGUCAAAAUUCACGUCUUACAAGAGUGACUGAUAAAACUGAAAAUCUGGAAUUCGCCGUCAUGAAGAAUACGGAAAGAUUGAAGAGGAUCAGAUAA